AUGGCUAACGACGAGAAGAGAGAGACGGCAGUCCAGGCGGUGGAAGAUGACGAUGAACCUGAUGAUUGGGACAAGAGGAUAUUCAGUACAGGCUGUUCACAAGAGAACGCGAAGAUGACCGACUGCUACUUUGAGAAGAAGGACUGGCGGGCUUGCAAGAGCGAGAUGGAAGCCUUUCGCGAGUGUUGGAAGAGGCAGGGCAAUGAUCAAAGGACCGCGACGAAAGACGCAUGA